AUGUUGUACCAGAGGAAGAGUUCAGAGUUAUCUGUUGUACCAGAGGAAGAGUUCAGACUGUUGUACGAGAGGAAGAGUUCAGAGUUAUCUGUUGUACGAAGGACUGAGGAAGAGGCGUUGUUCUGUCUGCAGGGCGUCUGCGAGGACAUGACGUACGAGGAGAUCCAGAAGAAUUACCCAGAGGAGUUUGCACUGAGGGACCAGGACAAGUAUCGCUACCGCUACCCUAAAGGAGAGUCUUAUGAGGACCUGGUCCAGCGUCUGGAGCCGGUCAUCAUGGAGUUGGAGCGACAGGAGAACGUUUUGGUCAUCUGUCACCAGGCGGUGAUGAGAUGUCUGCUCGCCUACUUCCUGGACAAAACUGCUCAGGAGCUGCCAUACCUGAAGUGUCCUCUGCACACCGUCCUAAAACUCACACCGGUCGCCUACGGAUGUAAAGUGGAGUCUGUCUUCCUCAACAUUGAAGCUGUGAACACCCACAGAGACAAACCCGUGAACGUUGACGUGGACAGAGAGCCGGAGGAGGCGUUGGAGACGGUCCCUGAACACAUCUAGAGGAA